UCAGGGCUCGCCCCAGGCGACGGCGACUCGCUUCUGGAGCUUGUGUUGGCUGAUGCUGGGCGCCUGGCGGGGGCUGCUCGCCUCCGCCUGCCCCACCUCGUGCACGUGCAGUCCCGAGCGGAUCUGGUGCAGCGAAGCCGCGGCGAGCCUCGUGUCCUUCCCCGUGCUUGGCAAGAGGAGCGAGCGGGAGAAAGUCACCGACAUUUAUAUUGCAAACCAGCGGGAUUUAGAAAGCAUAAAUGAAAUAGAUGUUGGACUGUACAUUGGAUUAAGAAAUUUAACUGUGGUGGACUCAGGCUUGAAGUUUGUCUCACGCCAAGCUUUCCUGAAAAAUAUUAACCUGCAGUACAUUAACUUCUCUAGAAAUAAACUUUCAAGUUUGUCCAGAAAGACUUUCCGCCAUCUGAAUUUGACAGAUCUGAUUUUAGAAGGCAACCCAUUCAAGUGUUCCUGUGAUAUUAUGUGGAUCAAAGUAUUCCAAGAGACCAAGUUUCCAAAAGCAGAAACUCAGGAUUUUUACUGUAUAAAUGACUACAACCAGAGGAUAUCUCUGAUGGAGAAGCCAGUCCCAAACUGUGGCAUGCCUUCAGUCAAGCUGAACACACAAAAUCUCACUGUUGUUGAAGGAAAAAGUACCACUUUGUACUGUGAAGCUACAGGAAGUCCAUCACCAACUAUAACUUGGAUUUUCAAUAAUAUUGUUUCAAAACAUGAGAGUGAUACAUAUAAGAAUCCAGCUUCUCUUACUAUAAAGAAUGUCUCAUCAAGUGACAGUGGUGUACAGAUUUACUGUAUAGCAGAAAACAGUGUGGGUGAAGACCAAGCUUCUGUCGACCUCACCGUAUUCUUUGCACCAAAUAUCACAUUUCUUGAAAUACCAUAUUCAGACCAUCACUGGUGCAUUCCAUUCAGUGUGAGGGGAAAUCCACAACCUGUCUUGACAUGGCUGCACGAUGGGGUUAAACUGAAUGAAUCAGAUUAUAUCUGGACCAAAAUACAUGUUACCAAUCGGACAGAAUAUCAUGGCUGCCUUCAGUUGGACAAUCCUACUCAUGUCAACAAUGGCAAUUAUACCUUGGUGGCACAGAAUCAAUAUGGAAAAGAUGAAGCCAACAUCUCUGCUUAUUUUAUGGAAGAUCCUGGAGAGCAAUACCUGGAAUGCUGGUUUCCAACCCCAGAUGAGACAGAACUUACAGGUAGUCCGUUCUAUGAUCAUCCUGGUUAUAUUGAAGAUUAUGGAACACCAACAAAUGAUUUUGAAGAUACUACAAAUAAUAGUAACCAAGUUACUUCUACGGAUGUGUCAAACAAAGACAAUGAAGAUAGCAUCACUGUGUAUGUUGUCGUGGGGAUUGCUGCAUUGGUCUGCACUGGCUUAGUUAUUAUGCUCAUUAUUCUCAAGUUUGGAAGACAUUCCAAGUUUGGAAUGAAAGUCAGAGUAGACAGUGUUGGUUUGAUUGAACAAAUGAGAAAUCAACUGCAGACUUACAACUCAGAAAGCCCUUCUUCAGUUAUCAGCAAUGACGACGAUUCAGCAAGUCCUCUUCAUCACAUCUCUAAUGGAAGUAACACGCCAUCUUCUUCUGAGGGUGGCCCAGAUGCAGUAAUUAUUGGAAUGACAAAGAUUCCUGUAAUUGAAAAUCCUCAAUAUUUUGGAAUUACGAAUAGUCAACUCAAGCCUGACACAUUUGUCCAGCAUAUCAAGCGCCACAAUAUUGUUCUCAAGAGGGAGCUGGGAGAAGGAGCCUUUGGCAAAGUCUUCUUGGCUGAAUGUUAUAACCUAUGUCCUGAGCAAGACAAGAUCUUAGUUGCUGUGAAGACUUUAAAGGAUGCUAGUGAUAAUGCCCGCAAAGACUUCCAUCGAGAAGCAGAACUUCUGACUAAUUUACAGCAUGAACACAUUGUGAAGUUUUAUGGAGUGUGUGUGGAAGGGGAUCCUCUCAUCAUGGUCUUUGAAUACAUGAAACAUGGAGAUCUCAACAAAUUCCUUAGGGCGCAUGGACCUGAUGCAGUUCUGAUGGCCGAAGGGAGUCGUUUGGCUGAACUAACCCAGUCCCAGAUGCUGCAUAUUGCCCAGCAGAUUGCAGCUGGCAUGGUUUACUUGGCAUCACAGCACUUUGUGCAUCGUGACCUUGCCACUCGGAACUGCCUGGUUGGGGAAAACCUGCUGGUGAAGAUUGGAGAUUUUGGGAUGUCAAGAGAUGUAUAUAGCACAGAUUACUACAGGGUUGGUGGGCAUACGAUGUUACCUAUUCGUUGGAUGCCACCUGAAAGUAUUAUGUAUAGAAAAUUCACCACAGAAAGUGAUGUCUGGAGCCUUGGUGUUGUUCUCUGGGAAAUCUUUACCUAUGGCAAACAGCCAUGGUAUCAGCUCUCGAACAAUGAGGUAAUCGAGUGUAUAACUCAGGGCCGUGUCCUGCAGCGACCUCGUACCUGCCCGAAGGAAGUGUAUGAUCUGAUGCUUGGGUGCUGGCAGCGGGAGCCUCAUAUGAGACUCAAUAUCAAAGAAAUCCACUCCCUCCUUCAGAACUUGGCCAAGGCCUCUCCAGUCUACCUGGAUAUUCUAGGGUAG